GGGGCACAUUGCGUACGGUCACACUGCUUGGCGGCUUUGAGUUUGCACGACUAAUUCAACACAAAUUUAUUAAAUACAGUGUAAACAUGCAGCAUGAGCCCGAAGAUCAGACUUUUCAACUCCAGGCACUGGAGAUCUGUGAGCCGGAUAGCAGUUUUGACCCCCAGAAGCCGCCAGAGUCCGGGGAAGAGUACCUAAUGCACAUGUUCUACGAGAGGAAGCGAUGUCCAGCUGUGGUGACCAAAAGAUCAUCCAAAAUCAGGAAUAACACGGGAAAUACCACUUUAGAGAUGUUGGACAAUCCCGAGUUGCCUCCGUUCAAGUGCCUGCUGCCCACGCCCGAAUGGCGGGAUGAGCAAGUUAAAUCCUUCCAAGCAGCCCGCUCCCAGGUCCUAGUUCUUCGUAAGGAGUUGGCCAACAACAACUACGACCAGUCCGGGGAACCACCUUUGACUUCCGACCAGGAGAAAUGGAAGGAAUUCUGCCGGAAUCAGCAGCCCCUCCUGAGCACCCUGCUCCAUUUGACCCAAAACGACUUGGAGCUCUUGCUGGAAAUGCUCAGCAAGUGGCUGCAGGAUCCCAACACCACGGUAGACCUUCUCCACGAUGUCUGGCUGGCUCGCUGGCUGUAUGCCACCUUGGUCUGCCUCCACCUUCCACUGGAACCUCACGUGUUCAGCACCCUUCGAUACAUCGCCCGAACCUGCAUCCAUCUGAGAAAUCAACUUAAGGAGGACGAAGUGCAACGGGCAGCUCCCUACAACCUACUACUAACGCUCACCGUUCAGGUUUUCGCACAGAAUGAUUUCAAGGAUUACAUAUAGGUAUCAUAUUCCCAGUUUAGAAACCACUAAUUUAAGCGCAAAUUCGACUAUUUUGUUAACUAAAAAGCCAAAAGCUACGCUGGUAAUUUUGUUUAUAUAAUUACUCUACGUUUAGAUACUAUUUUUAUAGUUUUCUGUGGCUGAAUUAUAUUCUUUUGGUUAGAAAACAGAUUUAUUUAUGCAUAUCAAUCAAGAGACAACAUAUUGUUAAUGAACCUAAAAAUUAGAUCGUAAAACAUAAAAGUUUAAAUAUAAAAGUAAUGAUAAUAUCUUAAUUUGAAUGAAGAAGUUACCCAUUUAACCCAUGUACACAAGUCAAUUAUUUCUGGAAAAUGUACUGAAAUGUGACCAUUUAUUG